AUGGCCACCGCCUCGGACGCCGCGUCGCGUCCGCGAGCGGCGCGCGCGCCGCGCGAGGACGCGUCCAAGACGCUCGUGCUCGUCCUGUGCGGCCUGCCGGGGGUCGGGAAGACGACGCUCGCGCGCGCGCUCGCGCGACGCGCGCGCGAGAGCGGGCACGACGCGCAUCACGCGCGUUACGACGCGCGCGAGCUGCGCGCGAUGACGCGCGAGGACGGGACGACGGCGUUCGAGCCGGCGCGGUGGCGAGCGGCGCGCGCCGAGGCGGCGGCGGACGUCGACGCGGCGACGAGACGAGGAAACGCGCGAGAAGACGGCGUGAAGACGGUGGUGAUCGUGGACGAUAACAUGUAUUACAGAGGAAUGCGGUGGGAGGUGUUUCGCGCGGCGAGGGAGGCGAGGGCGAGCUGCGCGUGCGCGCACGUGACGGCGCCGACGAAGGAGGCGAGACGGCGAAAUCGAAAUCGCGAGGGCGCGGAGGCGGUUCCGGAGGAGGUGUUCGAACGCAUGACGCGCGCGUUCGAGGCGCCGGCGGUGACGACGCCGGGAGAUGGGGCGACGUUUCCGGCGUUCGUCGUGGACGCGACGGAGGAGACGGACGUGGACGCCGCGUGGUCGCGCGCGCUCGAGUUUUGGGGACCGGCGCCGGAUGUUCCGGCGAGCGAAGCGGAACGCGAGCUCGAACGCGAGGCCGCGCGCGCGGAGACGGCGAAGUCGGCGUUGCACGCGCUCGAU